AUGUCUUCCCCUAAGCACAGGCCUAUUUUAUCACCAAAACACUCGAAUUCGAGAAGUGCAUCACCUAUUAAGAAUGAAAAGGGCUUUAUGGCACAGCAAAUUGAAUCACCAUAUAACAACCAGCGUAUAAGACUUUCAUACAAUAACAGCCAUAACAUAUCACCCACGAAAAAGCCCCAGGUUAAGAAAUUUGUGUCGCCUACAAAAACACGUCCAUCUAAGGAGUUGAGCUUCGCUAUUUUUGAGGACAAUGUGUACUACAGAGACACAUUAGCUGAUGACAAUAAACCAGACAACGAAACCUUUGGAAAAGAAAAUGACAGUAUUGAAACCGUACUGGAGGCUUGUAAUAAAUUAAACCACAAUGACCAAGAGAACAUCUUACAACCUAAAAUCAAACAGAGCACAUUCAAGCAAGCCUGUAUUGCUAGAAGAAAGCCCUUGUCUAACUUGAACAUCAACGAAUUUUCUGGAUACGUGACCUACAACCAGUUCCCUGUACAAUUGACUGACUUGUACCAGCCACCGAAUUUUCAGAACGAACAGAAGUCAAUUCACAAGUUCAACAACAAAUUGCCCUGCUUUGUAACUCCACCUAGAUCUAACUUGCAAAAUGGCCUCCUCACAUCUAAAUAUCUUGUUAAAUCUGCGAUUGAAGAAGAACCCUUUAACGAGGAGGAUGAGGUAGAGCAUCAUUUGAUGCAAAAACACAACUCUAUUAAGAAAAGAAGAUCGUUAUCUGUUGGAAAGAACGACUCCAAGUUAAAGUUGAUUAAAAAGAAUAACUUUCAAAUCUUGACUAACUAA